UCAUUAACAGAAGAUGAGUCAAACCCAAGAGGAUUGUGGGCAUUUUAAGAGACAUACACAGAGCAACAGGUGCAACUUAUCUUCGUGGUGGAAGCGCAUCGAGGCGCCUUCUCUGACCUCACGAGUGUCUAACCGCAGCACUUGGGAAAUAAUGGACCAACACAUUAUAAUAUUGACGACCCGGAGCGUCAACAGGCGCUCUCUUGUUCUCAGCAUUUCUCCCUAAAGUAGUGAGGAGUGGCCCUCUGCCCCGGCAGCUGUGGGAGAUCUUCCUUCUCAAUGAAGGCCAGAUGGACUACCUCAGCUUACCUGGCCUUGAUGAAAAUGAGUUGCACCUUCCAGUUGAGGGUAAAAGACAUCUGUUUGAAAGAGCAGCAACAUUCAUGCAGAAGAGAACGACAAAGGUUAAUGUCUGCCUCCACUGGGAAAGGAAAACUCCAGUCUGCCAGAGUCUGUGCAGGUUCUUCUUUGAGGCUUUGCCACACAUCCGCUCACUCAGCUUCAGGAUGCCCUGCAGAGGUUCAGGACUACAGGACCAGCAGCAAUGCCUUGGAACACUGCAGAGGGAAGAAAGGCAGCUGUUACUAGAUUUUUGCCUGAAAGUAGCACUUUACAAAGAAGAAAACAUUCAUGAUGUCGUGAAUAUCCUCCUCUCAUUGUUUUCUGUUAACACUGAGCUACAUAACAUCCUUCUUGAUUUUUAUCAACAUGUCAAGAAGGAAGAUUUUCCAGAUGUCAUUCCAAAACUAAGAAACUGUUCCAGUCAGCUCCUGCAGUCUGGACCAUAAACCUCUCAGAGAGAAAGACCUCCAUCCUUCUGGAAGUGCUGAAACUCCAAUCAGAGAAGAAACAAGUGGAGCUGAGAGGCUUCUCAGAUGAAGAGAGUGAAGUGAGGAGUUUCCUACAGUGUCUGCCUUAUAUCUCACAGCUCAGUUUAUCUUGGUCCUUGAUAUGCUCAGGUGAAGCAAAGCUAUUUGGGAAUCUGUUGUGUGCAGCAGCAGAGAGAGAACAGCAGACAGGAGAGAAGAUACUGGAGCUGUUGUCAUCACUGUGCAGAUAUGAAACAUUCCCUUUUCAUCACCUGGAUUAUGAGUAUUAUCAGAGUGAUUUCCUGCUGGAUCUGUUCUCCCACCUGAAGGACUAUGAGACUAAAACAGGCCUGAGUGUCCUUCCAUCAUUACAGUCAGUUUUCCAGUCAGCUCCUGCAGUCUGGACCAUAGACCUCUCAGAGAGAAAGACCUCCAUCCUCCUGGAAGUGCUGAAACUCCAACCAGAUGUUACACUCCGUCUAGGGAGCAGAACCUAACAUAAAUAACCCACACCCAAACAAGGUAUAAGUUCAGAAAAUAAUACAGUUCUAUUUAACAACAACCAAAAUGUGCAAUUAUAUACAGUGAAUUGGUGCGGUAUCUACAAGUGAUGAAGCGUGGCUUCAGGUUGAGCCCAGGCCUAAAAUAACAAACAAAACACCGAUCUAAACUCAAGGGUCCGAAACUUUCUAAUCCCUACUGAAAAGAAAAGAAACAAAAAUACAAGUACUGAUCCUAACUCCCUAACCUAAGUCAAAACAGGAGAAAACAGUAUUAAAGAAAAAGGCAGCUCACCCCUACUGCUUCCUUAAACACAGGCACUCUUGCUCUGGUUACCCAGAGCACAAGCACUCUCACAAACACUCUAGCACGCAGGCCAACAAACACACUCUAACAAUGUUAACACCAAUCUUUCACAGAAUAACUUUACAAUCUCAAACGAAGUAGCGCCUAAGUGACAGCAGUUCCACCCGUCCUCUGGAGUCACCGGCUUUUGUAGUCCCCGCCUUCGAUAAUGCCAAUCACUCGCUGCCACGCCAGGGAUGCAGAGCCAAUGAGACGCGGGAGCCACACGAUCUUUGGAUCAGGACAGGAGCACUCACUCUGCAUAGAAGAAAAAAACACACAUGCACCUGCAGUGCAAAUGAAAUGACGGCAGCAGCCGUAACACCAGAGAAGAAACAAGUGGAGCUGAUAGACUUCUCAGAUGAAGAGAGCGAAGUGAGGAGUUUCCUACAGUGUCUGCCUUAUAUCUCACAGCUCAGCUGUGACCCAAAGUUCUUCCAGGAUGUCUGCUCAUGCAUCUCUGUCAGAUCCAGAGAAGAGGCUAAGCAGCUGGUCUCUCUGCUGCAGCUGCUGGGGUUCACCCUGCUGUUAACAGGAGGGUUAAGCACCAGAUACUGCCAGUCGGUGGGGACAGUUCUGGGACUCUGUGGCUCUGAUGUGGAUCUCAUCCUCAAACCAGGACAGAUGUUUGUCGGAGAAGCCUCCCUCCUCUUUAGUUCUACAAUACAACUGCACAGUCUGACGCUUUCCCAUGACAACGCCUUGCUACUGUGUGAAUGGGUAGGAAAAGGGAGAGUGGCCUGUUCAGUGACUAUUGAAGAGCUUUCUCUCUCCCCUCUGACAGCCCGUCCAUCUGAGAAAGUGUCGUUGAAGGUUGUCAGUGGUUUGGCGUCGCUGCUGAGCUACUGGAAAAUCAGCUGGUUAAACCUGACUGAGUCCUGUGGUCCUGCUCUGAGUCUCAUUCCACUGCUGCUUCAUGAUGGCCCUCUAACAAUCAGACUGAGUGAGGACACUGUCCAGCAGUUCCUCUUCCUCCUCCAUGAAAACCAGGACGGGGACUUGACUCGGUCCUUCUUGAUCAAGGUUGGUGGAGACCUGAGCUCCUGCUGUCUGAACUGGGAGCUUCUUCACUUUCUGCUGCAGCAGUCGUCAGCUCAGACCAUCACUGUGAACCUGAAGAAGAACAGCUUCUUAGAGGAGAGCAUCACACGUCUGCUUCCCUUCCUGGACAGGGUUGUGUUGAAAACAUUCUAUAUUUGUUAUUGUGGCUUGUUUUCCCGAAACAAACUGGUGAUAAACUUUGUGCUUCCAGGCCCAGUCCCAGCUUUGUGUUGACUGCCAUCAGUGAGAUCUAUCAUGCUGGUGCCAUUCCCAGUAUACCCAGUUUACUGAGGUCACUGAAUCAUGCAUGUGAUCAGCCUGACCUGCAGAGAGAUGGACUCUGUGGACUGUGCUGCACUGAUCUUCACCCUCAGACACAGUGACAAAGUUAAACUGAACCUCAUGUGGACGUCCAUACCAGCAGGGGAAGUAAAGUCCAUCAUCUUGAUGCUGGACAAAGUUUCUCAACUGAGUGUUGACAGGAAGCUGCUGCUGAGGUUGGUCCACUGUUGUGUUUCCUCUGACGUCCAGCAGGAGGCAGCGGUCGUCCUGCUCAGGUCUCUGCAGCACACACUGGAUCUGUCCUGCUCCUCCUGUGUGGAGCUGUUAGAACAGGAUCAGAGUGACACUGUCAGUCUGACUGCUGAUGACUGCAGGGCCGUCUCCACCAUCCUGAGACACAGCAGCAGCCGGGACACACAGCUCAUCCUGCAGGACUGUGAGGUGGAGGACAGUGGACUGGACCUGUUGUUUUCUGUCCUAGACAGAGUCUGCCUCAGAGCCAGUAAAGCUGUCCUCCUCCAGCUGGUGUCCCUGGUCCCUGUGAACAGUGAGAGGGACUCGGUGAGACGGGCAGAGUCCCUCUGUAGAGCUCUGAAUGCAGAGCUGGACCUCAGUCACAGCUCCCUGGAUCAGAGGACCUGUGAAGCCUUGGCCCUGAUGCUGGACUUCAGUCACUGUCAGCUCACAGACCAGCAGCUGCUCUCACUCUGCUCACAGCUGCACAAAGUACAAGUCCUGGAUCUGAGUCACAACAACAUCACUGAUGCUUCGACUGACACGUUACUCCAACUGGUCUCCAUCAACCCCGCCAUUCAAACUGUGCAACUCUUCAGAAACAACAUUGUGGACAGAACCUCCUUUCAGAAAGACAAGCGGUUUGAAAUCUGGUGAACCAGUCAUCAGUGGGAUGCUAUUAACUGUUUCAAGUCUAAUGAUCUUUGGAAGAAAGUAUUACCUGUAGUACUUUGAUUUUUUUAUUCAGGCAAAACAAAUAGAAGCCAACACUGUUACCUCAGUGACAACUGUGUUUUUUAAUAUUGUGAUAACGAUUUUCUGGGAUGAAUGUUUAGCUCAAAUUAACAAGGCAAAAAAAGCAGAGAUUAUAGUAAAUUAUCUUAAAAGAAUAAUCUUAAAAGUGUAAAUAUGAGUAUAUUUUUUAGUUGACUUUUUAAAUGGAAAAAAUGUUCAUUUCCUCUUUCCGUUCUCCUUUCCUCAUUAAAAUACCUCUUUUCCUGCAAACUGCAGUAAUCAGCGUUUUCUUGACUUUUGGUUUCACAGAAUAAAAUCUGAGUCAACCAGUUACCAGCUGAGUGACUUUGUGUCACAAACAGACCUCGUUCUAAGACUCAGCUAUUCUAAAAUGUU